AUGGUCGGCAGCGUGGUGAAGCCAUGUCGCUCUAAAAGGCUGAAGGGGGUUCUAUCGACACAGACAUCUGGAUUUUCGGGAGCGUCUGUUGAAGAAAAGCUGGGUUUACAAGCCGAACAACGCAGUGACGAACCAGAAGUAGUCUUGUUCCAACGCGGCCCAGGCCGCGAUGGACUGCCCCGUUCCGGUUUAUUCUUUUCCUCUCUACACACGAUCUAUUGGAUCUGGUACGGUUUCGAUUUUGUGCCCGCCAUCAACGCGUCUCCCGUUGCAGAUAUUCACAUUGAUCCGAUGAUACCCUUAGUCGGUACCGUGUUUGCCGCUUUUAUCCAGUUGGUCUUCACGAGUUACCCGACACGUCUUGUGCACAAGCUCACGUGGAGGCCAACAGCACAGUCGCUUCAACUGUAUACUUACAGUAUACCAUUUAUCCGUCCAAGAACAACUCCUACAGUGUUUCCUGUAGGCGAAAUUAUGCUGGAUGCAUCCAGUUCGGAUACCGAGCGCAUUUUGAAAGAGUUCGGUGGCAACAUAGGCCGUUUCAAGGGCCAUCUUGGGAUUUCGAAGCCCGGCGGCUCCUGGCCGCCGUACCUACUGGAUAUGCGUGAAGCAUCGGACGCUCCCGAGCCCGAAAUUUUGCUGGAGGCCCUGUUGUCCCCUACCGGGAUGACGGUUGGCGGUGCAGGUGCCUUUCAAGUUCGAAAAACCGGAAGUGGUGAAGGAAAAAAAAAGAAUCGAUCACGAGAAAGCUCCUUGAAAAAAAUCAUACGUCAACGGCGAUAA